AGUGCUGGCACCGAAAUGAGGCGCGCAGGGAAUCUGUUCAUUUCUCGUGUUGGGAAAACCUCUGCUCUGUCCAAGAGGUUUGCCUCUACAGUUGCCCACCCCAAUGAGGCAGACCUGUACUCAGCAGGCAUCUUCACUGGAUUGCGCAAGUCCUACUGCGGACCGCUGCCACCAUCCUAUCAGAUCGAUCCGGCACUGUUGAAGCUUCCUGCAACCAAGGUGACCACCCUUCCCAACGGAAUGAGGGUUGCCACGGAAAAGACGCCUGGGGAGAGCGUCGCUGUUGGAGUCUUUAUCAAGUCUGGAAGCCGCUAUGAGACUGAUGAUGGGAACGGAAGUGCUCACUUCCUCGAGCACAUGUUCUUCAAGGGCUCUAAGAACUCGACUCAGGGACAGUUCGAGAAGAAAGUGGAACAGAUGGGAUGCCGCCUUAAUGCUUACACCUCCCGUGAGCAAACGGUCUACUACGCAAACGUCUUGAAGAAAGAUGUUGGAGAAUCUCUCAACAUCCUGUCAGAGAUGCUUCUCAACAGCACCUUUGAUCCUGCUGCCAUCGAGAGAGAGAAGAAGACUAUUCUGCAAGAGAUGGAGGAGGUCGAGAAACUCGAGGAGGAAGUCGUCUUCGACAACCUUCACUACACUGCUUAUCAGACCAGCCCUCUCGGCAGGACCAUUCUCGGGACUGAGGACAACAUCAAGAACAUGACUCGUGACUUGAUCCUCAACUACAUCCAGGCCAACUACAUCGCCUCAAGAAUGGUGAUCGUCGCUGCUGGCCCUGUCGAGCACGACGAGUUCGUCAACAUGGUCUCCAAGGCCUUCGCUGCUACCCCAACUACUCCUUCUGGUCCUGGCGUGGUUUCGCUUGCCCCAGCUUACUUCACCGGCUCGGACAUUCGUGUCAGAGACGAUGAGAUGCAACUUGCGUACGUUGCCACUGCAUGGGAGACUGUUGACAUCUGCCACGCUGAUUCGCCGGCAACUAUGGUCAUGCAGGCAAUGCUCGGAAGCUUCGACCCCAACUAUUCUUCUGCCAUUCAUUCCGGCACUGACAUGGUCUCGUUGCUUGCUGGAGAUAACCCUCGUGGAUAUCCGCUCGUCCAGAGUGCCAUGACCUUCAACACCCAGUACAGCGACACCGGCCUCUUCGGAGUCUACUACGUUGCUGAGAUGAAGAACGUGAUGGAGGCUCAGUGGGCGAUCUUCCGCGAGUUCCAGCGUUUGGUUCACAGUGCUUCUGACGAGAAGGUCGAGUUGGCGAAGACCCAGCUCAAGUCCACCAUCGUUGGACAGUUGGACAGCUCGCUUUCUCAGGUCUGCGAGGACAUUGGCAGACAGAUGCUCAACUAUGGAAGGCGUCUGUCCAUGGCCGAGUUGUUUGCUCGUAUCGACGCGGUUGAUGCUCCUACCGUGAGGCGUGUUGCUGCUGACAUCUUCGACGACAAGUGCAUUGCUGUCUCAGCCAAGGGCAACAUCAGCACCCUUCCCGACUACUUGUGGCUCCGCCGCCAUACAUGGUCUCUGCGAUAUUAGGCAAGGACGAGAUCUCUCUAUCGAAGCGCAUCAAGGCACUGUCGAUCACUUCCAUUUCUCCUCUACCGAAAAUAGUUUCCGAAUGAACGACGUGACAUGUUGAUGUGCCGGCACUACUUAUCCAUGGACAACAGCGCGAGGCCAAUAGUCGCUGUCCACUUGACCUCCUUGAAGCUUCCCUUCACUACCUCGUUCCUGAGCUCCUUCACAUCCAGGUAGGUCGGAGUCUGAACUUCGAGAUCAUCUGACUCAGCCGUCUUGGAGGACUUUUGACACUCCUGCCCCAAGAACGCGUACAAGUAGCCGAAGCCUCUGUUUGCGUCUGUUCGGAAGUUGCCCAGAAACUUCAUGUUCUUGCACUCCAUGCCCGUCUCCUCGAGGACCUCGCGGGAAGCUGCGGCGUCUGCGCUCUCCCCAGCCUUCACGUAUCCUCCGAGAAGUGCCAGACUCUCCCCAUCAAGGCCGUACUUGGUCUGUUUGAACACGAGGAACUUCCCAUCAGUCCCUUGAGCGAGGACGUUCACCAUGUCUGGCACUUCGCACCACAUCCAGUCGUUGAUGACGUGGUUGGGGCUGGCUGCCUGCACGACCGAGUGCUUUUCCAAGCGGAAGAACACUCCGUCACUGAAGAGCUCACGCACUGAUCGCGUCCAUCCUUCCUUGCGAUAUCUCUGCAUGGAAUCCGAAGGAGGGAGAGCCCUCGACUGGUCCCUUCGGAGGACAACUCCAGAGCAAUCCGUUCUUGUUCCAGCACCGCAAUUCCCUGCUCCCAGGUUCCUCUUCCACCAUGUUUCCGGGAUGUUCUCGAGCUCUUGCCGGUGGGACUGCGGCUUGAGGACGACCAUGGCGAUGACCAGCAUGGCAACUCCGACAACCAGCCAUGUCGUCUUCCCCCGCACCAUCGACCUCUCACCAUGGUGUAC